AUGCUAUCACGUAGCGCACUUCGAGCCGCUACCCAGAGCUCUCGCGCUCCAAGCGCAGCCCGUGCCGCCGGCCUCGCCGCGGCCGGCAAAGCUCCAGCUCCAGCUCCAGCUUCAUGCACAAGCUUUAGCUCCACACUCCUCCCCGUCCAGGGCCGGCGGUACAUCUCCAUGUACGGCUACACACAAGCCAAGGCCCUGGUGUACUCGAAAUACGGCGAGCCAAAGGAUGUUCUCAGUCUACACAAACACUCCAUCUCCGCACCCCACGGUUCCCAGGUGAACCUGCGCCUCCUCGCCGCGCCCAUGAACCCAGCAGACGUCAACCAAAUCCAAGGCGUGUACCCCAGCAAACCGCCCUUCGAAACAUCCCUCGGCACCGCCGAGCCCGCCGCCGUAGGCGGAAACGAGGGCGCCUUCGAGGUCAUCUCUAUUGGUGCCAGUGUCAAGAAUCUGGCCAAGGGCGACUGGGUGAUUAUGAAGCGCACGGGCCAGGGAACCUGGCGCACGCACGCCCAACUCGACGAGUCCCAGCUCAUCCGCAUCGAGAAUAAGGACGGCCUUACCCCGUUGCAGGUUGGUACCGUCAGCGUGAAUCCGGUGACGGCAUACCGGAUGAUCCGGGACUUUUGCGAGUGGGACUGGAUGCGCGCGGGCGAGGAGUGGAUGAUCCAGAACGGCGCGAAUAGUGGCGUUGGGCGCGCUGCUAUUCAGCUUUGCCGGGAAUGGGGUAUUAAGUCUUUGAAUAUUGUUCGUGGGCGGAAGACGCCUGAGGAAACUGAGGCGCUGAAGCAGGAGCUCAAGGAUCUUGGUGCUACGGCCGUUGUUACUGAGGAGGAGAUGUUGACGGGUGGGUUUCGGGAUAUGGUGCAUGAGUUUACGCGUCAGGGCCGUGAGCCUAUUCGUCUGGCGUUGAACUGUGUCGGUGGAAAGAAUGCUACGGCUCUGGCGAAGACCCUGGCGCCGGACUCGCAUAUGGUUACUUACGGUGCGAUGUCGAAGCAGCCUGUGGCUCUGCCCUCGGGCUUGCUGAUCUUUAAGAACUUGACCUUUGAUGGGUUCUGGGUGAGCAAGUGGGGUGAUAAGAACCCGGCGCUCAAGGAGAAUACGAUCAAGGAUGUUCUACAGUUGACUCGCUCUGGUCGGUUCAAGGAUAUUCCUGUUGACAAUGUGGAGUGGAAGUGGGACUCUGAGGGACCGCAGUUGGCAGAGAGUGUUCAGGGUACUUUGGGAGGAUACCGCAGUGGAAAGGGUGUAUUCACUUUUACUGGUGGUGAUGAGUAA